CAGCCCGCUCGUUGGCGGGAAUAAUUCAAUGGCGACGGCCGAGCAGGAGACGCCUAGUGAGGUACCAGCAGCCCUCAAACGGCUCGCCAAAUACAUCGUACGGGGCUUUUACGAUCUGGAGCACUUCCUCACAUUGGAUCUGCUUAUCCGAUUUUCGUGCAUUAAAGAGGACGACCUGUUGCUGCUGCUUAAAUUUGAGAAGAAGCAGUUGCGCGCGGUCCUCGCCACGCUGAAAGCGGACAAAAUUAUCAAAAGCCGCAUGCGAGUGGAGACGGCGGAGGACGGCAAAUCGACCCGCCAUAGCUUCUACUACAUAAAUUACAAAGUGCUGGUAGAUGUAGUCAAGUACCGGCUCGACCUGGUGCGCCGGAGGAUUGAGAGCGACGAGAGGGAAUCCAGUAAUCGCGCAUCAUUCCGGUGUCCAGUGUGCUCCAGCACCUUCUCAGACCUGGAAGUGAACCACCUCUUCGAUCCCGGCUCUGGAGAAUUUCGUUGUACCUAUUGCUGUGCUGAAGUUCAAGAAGAUGCCUCAGCUUUGCCAAAACAAGACUCGAGGACACUACUUGCUAAGUUCAAUGAACAGAUUGAACCCAUUUACCUCCUUCUUCGUGAAACUGAGGAUGUUGUUCUUCCUUUUGAGCUGCUUGAGCCAGAGCCAACUGAAAUAUCUGGACUAAUGUUAAGCAUGGAUCAGAUGCAGCCAUCUUCUUUGAAGAACCGUCCCGAAAAGUGGUCAAAGAAUCGGUCAGUUUUUAACAUCUAUGAACAGGAGGUAGUGGUAAGUUUAAAUGACUCCACAUCUGAAAAAGUGCAGCACACACAGAAGGUUGCUAAAGAGUGCCCCAUUUGGAUGACGCAAAGCACAGUGGAGGAAGCCCCAGUUGAGACUUCAGAAAGACAAACUGCUGGGACAUAUGAUGAAAAUGGAAAUGCAUCAGAGCCUGUAAAUGAAGUGAUACAAACCCUUUUAAUUCACGAGAAGAAAUCCGUGAGAGACAAAGUGAAGACUCCAAACAUGAGACUAAGGGACUCCUCUGAUAGUGACACUAGUGAAUCUGAAGAGGAGUCCUUGCAGAGCACUUCACAGAGCAUGAAAUCCAUGUGCACUAACCUGGAUGAGGCAGAGGUGGAUGACGAGAUGCCAAUGGUUUUUGUUGCAGGUCAGCCACACUUAUACAGUGAAGUCAGUGAGCAUCCUGAACUGGUUUCAUUUAUGACUCCAGAUGAAAAAGAAACCUAUAUUCAGAUUGGGAAAACUAUGUUCCAAGCUAUGUUUGACUAGUGCAA